AUGUCCGCCGAGAACCCCACGAUCCUGCCCGCCACCAACGGCAACAGUGCCGCUGCUGCGCCCGCUCGCACCAACGGCUCGGUCCCCAAGAGCGAUGCCAACCUCGGCACGUUUGGAGUCAAGUCUGGUCUCGCCCAGAUGCUCAAGGGCGGCGUCAUCAUGGACGUCGUCAACGCCGAGCAGGCGCGUAUCGCUGAAGACGCUGGUGCUUGCGCCGUCAUGGCUCUCGAGAAGAUUCCUGCUGAUAUUCGUGUCGAGGGUGGCGUUGCCCGCAUGUCAGACCCUGCUAUGAUCAAGGAGAUUCAGGAGACCACCACCGUCCCGUGCAUGGCCAAGGUUCGAAUCGGCCACAUUGUCGAAGCCCAGAUCCUGCAGGCUAUCGGUGUUGACUACAUUGACGAGUCCGAGGUGCUCACGCCUGCUGACGACCAGCACCACAUCAACAAGCACAACUUCAAGGUGCCCUUUGUCUGCGGUGCCAAGAACCUUGGCGAGGCGCUGCGACGUAUCUCGGAAGGCGCAGCCAUGAUCCGAACCAAGGGUGAAGCCGGCACAGGUAACGUCGUCGAGGCCGUGCGUCACCAGCGCACCAUUCAGGGUGAGAUCAAGCGUGUUUCGUCGAUGAGCGACGAGGAGCUCUACGCCUACGCCAAAGACAUUCAGGCCCCCUUCCACCUGCUCAAGGAGACUGCGCGCUUGAAGCGUUUGCCAGUGGUCAACUUUGCCGCUGGUGGUAUCGCAACCCCCGCCGACGCUGCGCUCAUGAUGCAACUCGGCAGCGAUGGUGUCUUUGUCGGCUCAGGUAUUUUCAAGGGCAACAACCCGGCUCAGCGUGCACGCGCCAUCGUCGAGGCCGUGACGCACUACAACGACCCUGCCAAGCUUGCAGCUGUCUCGGAGAACCUCGGCGAAGCCAUGGUGGGUCUUAACAUCACCAAAGACAUCAAGGGCGGCCGCCUUGCCGACCGCGGCUGGUAA